GCUGCUGUUCAUGCUUUUGGAACCGUGACGAUUUUAAUAAACAAUGCCGGCAUCCUUCGGGAUAAGAGUUUUAAGAAAAUGUCAGAUAAGGAAUGGGACCAAGUUCACGAAGUCCAUCUCAAAGGUGCCUUCUCUUGCACGAAAGCUGCUUGGCCGAUCUUCCGAAAGCAAAAGUUUGGUCGUAUUAUCAAUACUGCCAGUGCGGCGGGUCUUUACGGUAACAUGGGUCAAGCGAAUUACAGUGCCGCUAAGAUGGGCCUCGUAGGGUUCACAAAGACCCUUGCGCGCGAAGGUGCCAAAUACAACAUCAAAGCCUCUGUUAUCGCCCCCAUAGCAGCUUCCCCAAUGACGGCGACCAUCAUGUCACCUGAAAUGCUGGCAGGGCUUAAACCCGAAUUCGUAGCUCCUCUUAUAGGGGUGCUAACUCAUCCUGAUGGUCCAGAUGAUGUUUCUGGGAAAUGUUUCGAAGUUGGUGCUGGGUUUGUAGCUGAGAUUCGGUGGGAGAGGAGUGGAGGGGCUGUGUUCAAGACGGAUGAGUCGUUUUCGCCUAGUGCUGUUAGGGCGAGAUGGGAUGAGAUCGUUGACUUUUCGAGGCCGGAAUAUCCGCAGAGUAUGGUUAGUAAAGAUGGGGUGGCCACCCUCGAGGAAUCGAAGAAAUUGCCUACGAAUAAACAAUUUGAUCCUCCAGUCCGUUUUGAUGGUCAGACGAUCAUCAUUACCGGUGCGGGAGCUGGUCUUGGACGUGCCUAUGCCCUUAUGUUUGCUAGGCUUGGAGGAAAUAUAGUCGUGAAUGAUGUUAGCCCCAAAGGAGCCAAUGCCGUUGUAGAGGAGAUUAAGAAGGCCGGUGGGAAAGCUGUUCCAGCGGUUUUCUCUGCCGAAAAUGGCGAAGCGAUCGUCAAAGUUGCUCUCGAUAGCUUUGGAAGUGUCCAUGCACUCGUUGCGAAUGCUGGUAUACUCCGUGAUAAAUCUUUCACUGCUAUGAGUGAUAAGGAAUGGGAUGAUGUGAUUGCAGUGCAUUUGAAGGGAACGUAUAAGUGUUGUAAGGCUGUUUGGGAUAUUUUCCAGAAGCAGACAUAUGGAAGGAUCUUGACGACUGCUUCGGGUGUUGGGAUUUGGUUCUGUUCUCACUCUUCCUUCCAGUACUCUACCGCCAAGGCUGCCAUCAUCGGUCUUACUAGAACCCUGGCUAUCGAAGGCAAGCGAUAUGGUAUUUUGGCCAAUGUCAUUGCACCCAACGCUGGAACUGCCAUGACCAGCACUAUUUGGUAUGCUUUCUUCCCUCUGAAUGUUCAACCCGAUUACAUCGCCCCUGUCGUGGGCUAUCUUAUCAGCUCUGCCAACGAGGAGACGACUGGCUCGUUGUUCGAGAUUUCUGGCGGCUGGGCUGCUCAGACCAGGUGGCAACGUGCUUUCGGACAUUCUUUCCCCAACGACAAGACGCUCACUCCUGAGCGGGUGCUCAGCAAGUGGGAUGUCAUCACUCGCUUUGAUGGAAGGGCUACGCAUCCAACUUCGACCCAAGAGGCGCUUAUGCAGAUUAUGGGUAACUUUGAAAACACGGGAGAGGAAGAGAGUGAUAGCCCUUACGCCGACCCUGAGGACUCCGAGUACACAUACACCGAGCGUGAUAAAGAACUUCAGUGGGUGUUUGAGAAUCACGAGGAAUUUCAGGUUCUUCCUAGCUUUGGUGUCGUUCCUCAAUUCCCCACCUCUUCGAGUUUGCCGUUAGACUUCUUGCCUAAUUUCAACCCUGCCAAGUUGCUGCAUGGCGAGCAAUACCUUUCGAUUAAAAAGCCUAUCCCUACGAGUGGCACUCUUGUCAGUACUGCACGCCUUUUGGAAGUCCUUGACAAGGGAAAGGCUGCAGCUGUUACUGUUGUCAUCGAGACAAGGGAUAAAGCCUCUAAUGAACUGAUCUGUGAGAACCAGUCGACUGUGUUCGUUCGAGGUUCGGGGGGGCUUGGUGGGCGAAAGACCGGGAAAGAUCGCGGUCCAGCUACGGCUGCCAAUAAUCCUCCAAAGCGCAAGCCUGAUGCAGUGGUCGAGGAGAAAACGCUGCCGCAGCAAGCAGCUAUCUACCGAUUGAGUGGCGACUACAAUCCACUUCACAUUCAACCCGAGUUCGCGGCGAUUGGUGGAUUUGACAACCCAAUUCUCCACGGUCAGUCUUGCUUCAUUGGUAUUUCGGGGAAACAUAUCUUAAAAACUUUCGGCCCGUGGAAAGAUAUCAAAAUUCGCCGGCGUUGCUUUCCCGGAGAGACUCUUGUCACGUCAAUGUGGAAAGAGAGUGACAAAGUUAUCUUCGUUACGAAAGCCAAAGAACGCGAUUCGAUCGUUCUUGGAGCGGCUGCUGCUACGCUGCAAGUCCCAGAGACAACCAAAACCAAGGCGAAGCUAUGAGCACUCGGGAAUUUUUUUUGUUGUUGUUUAUUCCCUUUGCGGAUGCUGUAAAUAUGGUACUCCUUUGUUCGAAAAUAAUAGCCCGCCCCCCACGAUCUGUUACUAGCUAAGGCGGAAGCGCCGCGAAUCUCACACGAUUCCAUAUACCUAAUUGCAUGAUUCACUUGUGACAUCUCCAACCACACGUCCUCCCCUUGAAAUGUA